AUGAACACAGACGCUAUUCCGAUACUACACUCGAAGAACCAAUGGUAUGACUGGCACAACAAGGUCUGCCUGGAACUGCGCAAGGCGGGAUAUGGGCACCUACUCCGCCGCAAAAGGACCAAGAGUGUGAACGCUCCACCAAACGCUGCCGCCACCGCUCUCGCUGAUAACAUGGAGACUUUGGCUGAGGCCACUGAGGACUCCCAAGCCCGCCUGAGGAGGCGGACGAACUUGAAACCUGGUACCGAAAGCAGGAUCAAGCUUCCGCAUCGAUCAUUAGUCGCCUUGGACGGACCCUCCGAUACCGCUACAGGAAUGAAACUAGAGUGCAUGUUCUUCUCGACAAGCUUGAAGAACACCUACAGCCCAACAACCUCCUCUGUUCAAGACCUGAGACAGGAACUUGACGACAUCAUACGCCAACUAGGUCGCGCGCAAGUCCAACUUCCGACUGAACUGGCCAUUGCUGCCUUCGCCCAGGCCCUGAGGCCGGAGUUCGCACCUGCAAAGGCCGUUUAUUUCAACACGAGUGCAAUCAAGCACCGCACCUCAGAUCCCAGCCAGUCGCCACGCUGGACAGGUCUCACGCUUGCUGCCAAGUCUGAAGAGCCUUAUCAUAGGCGUUUGGACGAGGACUAUCUCGGUCUUCUUGCCGACAGGCCUGCACCAAGGCCCACUGGUCAGGACACAGUGCUCAAAGUACUCGCCGUACACGGAGACACGGCCAAUAUCCAGGUCAAAUGGUGCACGCACUGCAACAAGGCCUUCCAUGACAAAGAGACCUGCCACGCCCUGCACCCUGAGAUGAGAGAUAAAUGGCUGGAGAAACGCAAGCGCCGGCGCGCAAACACUAGGGUGUUGUAA